AUGCCGUGGGAGCCGCCAGUGGCGCCGUCGCGCGAAGAGGUGCGUGCUGCGCUGUGCGGGGGGCGUGGAAACAUCAUCCCGGUGUAUGCCAAGGUGCCGGCGGAUCUGCUGACGCCGGUCAUGGCGUACCUGCGCCUGUCGAACGGCGCGCGGCUCGGCGAAGAGAGCUUCCUGCUGGAGAGCGUGAACACGGGCGAGCGUGUUGGCCGCUACAGCUUCCUGGGCACGAAGCCGAUCGACGUGCUGCGCACCGGCCCGGGGUGCGCGCUCGAGGGCGAUCCGCUGCGGCACCUCGAGGCGCGCAUGGCCGGCUUCGAGUAUGUGCGGCUGCCUGAGCUGGACAUGUUCACCGGCGGCGCGGUGGGCUACAUGGCGUUCGACUGCAUCCAGCACUUUGAGCCCAAGACGAAGCGUGCGCUGCGCGAUCCGUUCGGCAUUCCGGAGAGCGUCCUGCUGCUGUGCGACACGGCCGUGAUCUUUGACCACGUGUACCAAACGGUGUACUGCGUGGCGCAUGUGCACCGGCGCACGCCGGACGCCGACGUAGAUGCGCUGUACGAUGCGGCGGUGCGCUCAGUGCACGCGCUCGUGCGUGCGAUCCAGGCGGACGCCACGCCGCUGCCCCAGCAGGGCGAGAUCCGCGCGGGCGCCGAGGCCACGAGCAAUGUGGGCCAGGCCGGCUACGAGCGCUUUGUGACGACGCUGCGCGAGCACAUCCUGCGCGGCGACAUCUUCCAGGCCGUGCCGUCGCAGCGGCUGGCGCGUCCGACGCAGCUGCACCCGUUCAAUGUAUACCGGCACCUGCGGCGGAUCAACCCGAGCCCGUACAUGUUCUAUGUCGACUGCGGCGAUGCGCAGCUCGUCGGCGCGUCUCCCGAGACGCUGUGCCGCGUGCACCGCGGCGAGGUGGCGGUGCAUGCGAUCGCCGGCACGGUGCGCCGUGGCAAGACGCCGCAGGAAGACGAGGUCCUGGCGCAGCAGCUGCUUGACUCCGACAAGGACCGUGCGGAGCACAUCAUGCUGGUGGACCUCGCGCGCAACGACAUCAGCCGCGUGUGUGAUCCGGUGACGACGCGCGUCGAGUCGCUGAUGAACGUCGAAAAGUUCAGCCACGUCAUCCAUCUGACCUCGCGCGUCACAGGGCGCCUGCGUGCCGACCGCUCCAAGCUGGACGCGCUGCGCUCGAUCUUCCCUGCGGGCACAGUGAGCGGCGCGCCCAAGGUCCGCGCGAUCGAGCUGGUCACGGAGCUCGAGCAGGAGCGCCGCGGCGUGUAUGCGGGCGCCGUCGGCCGCAUUGACUUUUGCCGUGACGAGCUGGACGUGUGCAUUGCGAUCCGUACGAUGACCUUCAAGGACGGUGUGGCGUACCUGCAGGCGGGCGGCGGCAUUGUGUACGACAGUGUCGAGGAGGAUGAGUAUAUCGAGACGAUGAACAAGCUCGGCAGCAACCUGCGGUGCCUCGCCGAGGCCGAGCAGGCGUAUGCCGGGCGCUAG